CAUAAAUCUGGCUUGAAAGAGCUAGAGGUGCUCAAAAAACUUAAUGAUGCAGAUCCUCAGGAUCGCUACCACUGUCUUAGAUUGUACCGACAUUUUUUCCACAAAAAUCAUUUAUGCAUGGUUUUUGAGUCUAUGCAUCUCAAUCUUCGGGAAGUUUUGAAAAAAUACGGUCGGAACGUAGGAUUACAUAUUGCUGCUGUUCGUUCCUAUACUCAGCAAAUGUUGCUUGCUCUCAAGCUUAUGAGAAAAUGUGGUAUUCUCCAUGCUGACAUAAAACCUGACAACAUACUUGUCACCGAGAACAAAAUAGUUCUUAAGCUCAGUGACUUUGGCUCCGCGUCGAUCAUACAGGAUAAUGAAAUCACUCCAUACCUCGUGUCUCGCUUCUACCGGGCUCCAGAAAUAAUUCUUGGCCUUCCUUACGACCAUGGCGUCGAUAUGUGGUCAACUGCUGUCACUCUCUUCGAGCUUCACACUGGGAAAAUUAUGUUCCCUGGCAAAUCAAACAACGAAAUGCUGCGACUAAUGAUGGAGGUUAAAGGGAAAAUGCCGAACAGAGUAAUAAGAAGAGGGGCAUUCAGGAACCAGCAUUUUGAUGAUCAGUUCAAUUUCCUUUAUCACGAGGUCGAUAAAGUUACCCAAAAGGCCAAAACUACUGUGAUCCGAAAUAUUACUGGUAACAGAGAUCUCUUAAAGGAAAUGUUAGGAAAUGAGAAGGCUGACGAGAUUGUUAUAAAGAAAGUGGAACAGUUUCGAAAUCUUCUAGAGAAGAUGAUAAUGCUAGAUCCACCUAAGCGGAUUUCUUUAAAUGAAGCUCUUCAACAUCCCUUUAUUACUGAAAGAAUGUCAAAUAAACAUUAG